CGGAAUGAAAUGUAAUGUCAAAGUUUUUCGUUGCGUUUAGGGAAUAAAUGGUUUAUUUUCGACUGAGGUGAGUGGAGGAAUCCGCUUUUAUUUCUAAAAUCCAGUAAAGAUCUCGGAUCAAUCGACCUCACUGCAGAACACUCGACCUCAUAAUAAACAUAAGUCAACUUAUAUACGCACUGCUUGUCUCGAAAUAUUAGUAAAAGAAUGGCCAUUUGAAAAACAUGAAUUAAGCUUAAACGAAGUGAUGUUUCGUAAACUCCUCAUGAUAUAAUUUUGGCGUGCUAGUCUGCAUUAACAGCUACUAACGAAGCAAUUUCGCUUCUUUUCACUAGGUACAAGACGAAGAGAUCUCGUGUCCAUUCUGUUCAAAGAAAUGCAAAACUGUUGGUGGCUUAAAACGACACAUUACUUGUAAGCAUAAAGAUGAAAAAGAUGACGAUCCAGAGACUGAUAAAGGCGAACAAAGCAAGUUUACAAAGGAAAUGCUAACAAAGAUGGUCGAGGAAGUCAAACGCCGUUUGGUUAACAACAAGGUAUUUUCCAAGGACAUCAGAGAAGAGCUUAAUGCUUAUCAAUUCAUAAACUUAUCCGAAGAAUCGAAGGAAUCUGCUGAAUUACAAAAUAUGUUAAAACAGUUGAUGAAAAAGAAAGACCAGGAGAAAUUCUACACUAUGUUCUACUCCACUGUACCAUUGAAUUCUACAAAAUACUUCACUGGACUGUCUAGAAAUGCUGCCACAUUGCUAUCAACUAAAGUAGCUGAUGUUAUGCUUGUGUAUAGUAAAGAGAAGUCUGUUGUUCCUGUCAAGGACUUUGAAAUUAAGCUCUGAGAUAAAGAAAUGGCAGGUUUGCAGUAUGUUGGAGGAUAUGUGUUGCACAAAUUAUACAACAAACACACCAUCUCAAAACUGUGUGAAUCAAGAGCGAGCCAGCAGUCAAUUGCUGUUUUAAAAGCUGGCAAAAAGCAAGAGCAUAUAAU